AUGUCGUUUGUCGAUUUUGCCUCACCCGCCAGGGCGCUCGGUGGCCCCGAGCUCUUGGACUCUACCACAAUCCGUUUGAUGCGCCAGCCAACGAGCCACGAAAUGGCACAAAUCCACGUUCAAGGUUCAUCUCCAGAAAACAACGAUGUGCCUCAGAGGAGCAGAAAUGCCCGCGCACAGGCAAGGCAUCGUCAAAAGCGCAAGGCAUAUAUAGAAAAACUCGAGGAGAAUGUAGCAAAGCUGCAAGCCAUCCUCGGCCUCACGUCUGAACAAGUCUCCGAAUUACCCCCCGCUUCGGUGCUCACAAAUCGAUUCGCAGAACUGGAGAUGGAGAAUCGGCGACUACAUGAGCAACUGAGAGCUCUACAACAGGCGCUGCAUGGCGGCCGCUAUCCCAUAGAGGGCCAUAACGGAGCGCGGUGGUCCCCAGAGUCGCCCAUCGCCUCUGAUUUCCCUCAAAGCUCGCUGGCAGGAUCAGAGAACGCGGCAUGUACUCGCGAGUCGAAGAAGCGAAAGCUGUCUUUUGAGCAAGAGGACCAGUAUACGAGCCAGGACCAGGUCUCGCUGAGUCCUACCAUGGCAGCAUCGCCCAUGAGCGUCCAACACGCACCAAAUGUUACUGGCCCCAUCAAUAUCGAAAUGGGAAACGGAAAUGGACAGACAGCUGUCAGGAUGUCUUUCUCGCCCACCAACGAACGCCUGCUUCCGCAACAGCCGGCUUCGACGACCAAUGGUUCCUAUUCAGGCAUACGUCAGCAAUACCUCGCUCAUGAGCAGCUGACGAGCAUUGCGCAGCAAGGCCAAGUGCAACAUCAAGGCCUAUACCACGCUGCUCAGCAUUCGACGUCCUUUUCUCCUGCAUUAACCAACCGUGUGCCGCAGCUCAUGCUUGGAACCAACGGGUUGCAUCACCAGCACCCCCAGGUUAGCAUGUAUACCAACGGACACGGGGGCGGUGGAGGUUCGCCCAUCGUCCCGAGUCCGAUCGGAGGCAACCCUUGGGGGACGGCGGGCCCGUUGGUGGCUGGCAAACGGAUGUAG